AUGGCUAAAAAUCCAACUACUUCAACGCCCAUAUCGUCUUCAUCCAAGACACCCAGGUAUCCCGAUGAAUAUAGAGCUAAAAAUCAUCAGCUUCAAAUGUUCAAGACGGUAAUGGAUGAGUGUGGCGCUAUGUGCUUUAUGUAUAAAAAUCACCCGGUUCGUAACGUGGUUGAUGUGGGCUGCGGCGACGGUAAAGUGACCAGCGUUUUCUGGGACAAGUAUUUGAGUGUGAAAAUUCCACCACCUGACUCUAUCGUGGCAUUAGACCUUAAUCCAAGUUUCAUCAAAAACGCCAAUGAGAAAUACGGGAAUCGAAUAAGAUUCGAUGUGUGUGAUAUUACGGACGAAGAGAAGGUCGCGGCUCUCUAUUCCGGUGAGAAAUUCGAUGUGGUCACCUCUUUCAUGGCACUGCGCUGGACAAACUUUCCGAAAGCACUGCGUAUUAUAUCAGAUUGUCUCCUGAAAGAAAACGGCAAGUUUGUUAUGACUGUGAGUGCGGCUCAAUCGUGCAAAUACAUGCUGCAUGUUACGGCUAUUAUGGCAAAGAAGUACCCCGAAUGGGCUCAGUAUAUCAACGACUUUGAAAGAAUCAAAGCUUCUAACUACGGACUUGGUGUAACAAUCGAGGAGGAAAUACCCAACACAAUGAUGGACAUGCGACCAACCUUCGAAGAAUGCGGUCUCGGUGAUGAUGUCAUCGAAUACCCUAUGGUUACAUGUGAAUACAGCAACAGUGAUGAAAUGCGAGAUGUGAUGAAAAAUCUACUCUCUGAAGUCGGUAUCAUGCCCGAGAACAAGGUAGACCAAUACAUGGCCGAUUAUAUCAAGGAGUAUUUGAAAGUGUACGGUAGUGCUAGGGCACAGUUUCCCAUUCUGUACGCCCAACUGUACAAGAAAAACAAGGAUAGCACCUGA